AUUGGACACACGUCUUUUGUAGUUUCCAUUUCUUCAAAACUAGGCUGCAGUAACAUGAGGAUGUGGAGCCUUAAGAGCCUGCUGAUCACCCUGUGCAUUGCUCUCAGCUGUGUGAGGUGUGCAGCAAGGUUGAUCCAUGUGUCUGGAUAUGAAGGGGGAGAAGUUAAUGUUUCUUGUCAGUACGGAGAGGGUUAUGAAUCUUAUGAGAAGUACCUGUGCAAGAAUGACUGUGGCGACAGUGAUGUUCUUAUUACGACAACAGAAGCAAAGAAGAACAGAUAUUCCAUCUAUGAUGAUAAACACAGACGAGUCUUCAUAGCGACCAUCUCCGAUCUAAGUCGUACAGAUGCUGGGAAAUACUGGUGUGGAGUGACAAGGACUGGUCAGGAUCUCUACACUGAAGUGAAGCUGGAAGUAGGACGAGAUAGCUGUUGUGAUCAUUCAACCAAAACCCAAAGCUAUGAAGAGAGUUCAGUGUCCAUCAGUUGUCUGCAUGAGUCUAAAUACCAGAACAAUCUUAAGUACGUCUGCAGAGGAAACCAAACCUCCACAUGUCUGGAGAGUGCCGUAAUCACCUCUGACAACAAACAAAACGGACAGUUCAGACUUACAGAUGACAUGAUGUCGGAGAAAUUCACAGUGACCAUUACCAAGUUGACCCAAAAGAAUUCUGGGUCGUACCUUUGUGGUGUCCGUGUGAACCGUGGCCUGGAUGUUUUCUCUGCAUUUGAGCUCGAGGUCAAAGAAUGGUGCUGUGUGAAGUCAAACAAGCUGAGAGGCAUUGUGGGCCAACCCGGAACUAUGCAGUGUCCAUAUCCACCACAACACAGGAAUAACAGGAAGUUCCUCUGUAAGGGAGACCACCGCAACAACUGUACAGACAUGGUGACGGGUCAGAGCAGGUUCACGCUGCAAGAUGACAUUUCUUCCAGCUUUUUCACGGUGCUGAUCACGGAGCUGAGAGCAGGGGAUGCUGGGACAUACUGGUGUGGUUCAGACCCACAGUGGACUGCUGCGAACUACACACAGAUUCAUAUGUCACUAGGCUUUUCACAGCAGACCAGCACUGUGAGAUCUACCAUCACUGUGGUGGAACCUGUUGCAUCACAAUCAACACCAGUCCCUGGACAACAGAUCAAACCACAUGUACACCCUGUGGUUUUCGCCGUGCCCGCUGUGCUGCUCGCACUGAUGUUUGCUCUGGUCGUGGUUUAUAAAUACAAGUGUUCCAAAGUGCGAGGAGCUGGAGCCAACAUGAACAGAGACAACACCAAGGCAGCCGUAACAGAGGAAGUGAUAGGAGGAGUAGAUCUUUAUGAAAAUCAAGGCGUAGCACUGUCGAAGCAGAGGACCUCCAAACUGCAGAGCGCCUGUCAGCACUAUGAUGAUGUGGGCGAUGCUGAAGAAGAGUGUGACUACCAAAACUUCUCAACAGAUGACAUCUACUGUAAUGACUUUGUCAUUAAAGCCAAUAGGAGAUAAACAGCAUGCACAUCUGCAUUUUUAGGUUACAUUUGUACCUGAAUGAUGCUGUUUUUUUAUUGUCUCAGUUAAAAGCUAACAAACACAUUAUUACAGCUGUGCUCCAACCUUUUCAUUGUCUAACUGAAAACUACAGUAAUAUAAUUACUUGCGCAGAUUUGUUUUAUAGUUACCAUCAUAUCAUUUAUUAAUACUUUAUUUUUACACUUUUUAUUACCUUCACACUCACUAUUGUGAUUUUUUUUUAAUAUAACUUACCUCCACUCCUUAUAAGAAACGGUGGAUAAACAUAUUACCUAAAUAUCCCAAAUGUAAGUAACCUUCCUGUUUAUUGUAUAUAUCUUAAAUAAA